AGAUAGUCCUGUGGGAGUGUUGUUCUUAUAGAUUCGUGUUUAGUACAACGCUAUUCUCAUCUAACAACUGGUCGCCACCACUGCUACGCUGCAAAGAUGGGAAACAGUAAUUCAACCAUGACUAGCCCUCCGCAUCUUGCGAAUCUUCUCAAGUUGGAUAGCUGGCUGUACGAUUUCCAGCAUGAAAUUUGCCGGCGUUAUACUGUGUUUCUCGAUUUUCAAAAACGUAUAGAAGAGUGCGGAGGAAUGGAACGAUUCACUCAGGGAUAUAAAGAGUUUGGCUUGGUCGUGCAACCGGACAAUUCAGUACACUGUCAGGAAUGGGCUCCAGGAGCCGAUCAGCUGGCUCUUAUUGGAGACUUCAAUGGAUGGAAUCAUGAAUCCCAUAAGUACAAGAGAGGGGAUUUUGGUAAAUGGAAGCUGGAAAUACCCGCCAAUCCUGACGGUUCUUGUCCCAUUCCACACGGAUCAAUUGUCAAGGUAGCUGUUACGCGGAAUGGAAAUACGGUGGACAAACUUAGCCCGUGGGCCAAAUAUGUAACAAGGCCCAAGGAAACGGUUAUACAUCAUCAGCAAUUCUGGAAUCCCCCGGAAAAAUUCAAAUUCAAACAUCCACGACCAUCGAGACCGGCAUCGCUUCGUAUCUAUGAAGCUCAUGUUGGUAUCAGCAGUCCUGAAGGAAAAGUCAAUACCUACCGAGCAUUUGCUGAUGAUGUCAUUCCCAGAAUCGCCAGGCAAGGUUACAACUGCAUCCAGCUCAUGGCGGUUAUGGAACACGUAUACUAUGCAUCGUUCGGCUACCAGGUUACCAGUUUCUUUGCUCCGGCUAGUCGAAGCGGUCCACCUGAUGAUGUGAAAUAUCUUGUCGACAAGGCCCAUGGUUUGGGUAUCACCAUUCUACUGGAUGUGGUGCAUUCACACGCAUCAAAGAAUGUACUUGAUGGUCUGAAUGAAUGGGAUGGUACCGAUAGUUGCUACUUCCACAGUGGAGCGCGUGGAGUACAUACCCUCUGGGAUUCGCGGUUGUUCGAUUAUACCCAGAUUGAAACGCUACGUUUUCUUCUGUCCAACAUCCGCUGGUGGGUAGAUGAAUAUGGUUUCGACGGAUUCCGUUUCGAUGGUGUUACCUCGAUGAUCUACCACAGCCAUGGAAUAGCUGACGCAUUAUCUGGCGGUUACCCAAUGUACUUUGGGUUGAACGCCGAUACUGAUUCUCUCGUCUAUUUGAUGCUUGCCAACGAUUUCUUGCAUAAGAAAUAUCCUGAAAUUAUCACAAUUGCUGAGGAAGUUUCUGGUAUGCCAGCUUUGUGCCGUCCGGUCGAGGAAGGUGGUCAAGGUUUUGAUUACCGUCUCGCCAUGGCUCUUCCGGAUAUGUGGAUCAAAAUUUUGAAACACAUGAAAGACGAAGACUGGAAGAUAGAGGACAUUGUACAUACACUGGAAAACAGACGAUGGGGAGAAGCUAAUGUCGCUUAUGCCGAAUCUCACGAUCAAGCUCUCGUUGGUGACAAGACCAUCGCAUUUUGGCUUAUGGAUAAAGAGAUGUACGACUUCAUGUCACUCACAACUCCGUACACACCUAUCAUUGAGCGCGGCAUCGCACUGCACAAAAUGAUCCGCUUACUCACUUAUGGUCUUGGCGGUGAAGCAUGGCUGAAUUUUAUAGGCAACGAAUUCGGUCAUCCGGAAUGGUUGGACUUCCCGCGCUUUGGCAACAAUGAGUCCUUCCAUUACGCCAGACGGCAAUUCAACCUGGCUGAUGAUGAAAUGUUGAGAUAUAAAUUUUUGAACAAAUGGGAUGCUGAAAUGAAUAAGCUCGAACAGAGCACUGGGUUCCUGCACAAAGGACCGGCCUACGUCUCAUGGAAACACAACGAUGAUAAGAUGAUCUGCUUUGAACGAGCUGGACUAGUAUUUGUGUUUAACUUCCAUCCGACGAAGAGUUUCCCUGAUUACAAAGUAGGAGUCGAAGUGCCUGGAACUUAUAAAAUGGCGUUAAACAGUGACGAUGAGGAAUUUGGAGGCUGGAAUCGCCUCAAACGGGAUUCUACACACAUGACUUUCCCGGAGGGAUACGCUGGCCGACGUAAUCAUCUCUUGGUUUACGCUCCAGCAAGGACAUGUCUUGUGCUCAGACUCUGAUUCUCUUCGAUAUCCUUCAAUUUGCCAUUCUCAGAACCUAUUGUGUGCUAGGCUCAAAUUUUCAUUAUCAUUGCCUUUGACCUGUUGCUCAUUUGUUUGCAUUUAGAACAGGAUGACGUAGCUUACGGGAGUGUCCAUAGCAGAACAAUUUUACUAUUGAAUGCCUCUUUGAUCAGAAUU